AUGACAAUCAUCAAGCGUCAGUCCUUGGUCCUCGAGAAGGCCCGCGAAGCUCUGAAGCAAGCCGAAAGGCUUGUGAACUACCUCGAGGAAAACGGUCACGAGGAGCCAAACUUCUCGUCAACUUCUCCUCCUCACCCUGAGAAUAAUGAAUAUGACUCUAUCCGUAUCGACUUGAGUCAGACCGCACAGGAUCUUAUGCUGCUCGCCAAUGGUCCUUUGCAAUGGAUUCGAACUUUCUGCUGCUGUCAUCAUGAUCUUGCAGCUUGGCAGGUUGCGUUGCGCUUCAAGUUCUUCACUAUAGUGCCGUUGGACAGGCCCAUUUCGGUUAAGGAAAUGGCUACACAUGCGAAGAUGGAUGAAGACCGUCUACGCCGCGUCAUAAAAUUCCUGACCACCCAGCGCUGCUUCCAGGAGUUAGACGACGAUAAGUUUGAACAUACUUCCUUGUCCGCUUAUAUUGCACGAAAUAAGGAUAUCGAGCAAUGCUUUGCUUUCGAGGCUGAUGAGAUGUUCGAAGCAUCUUCUUUGACGGCAACAUCCAUUGAGAAAUUGCCUUAUAACUCUGUGGCCGAGUACAGUGCCUUCAACCUCAGAUUCGGGACUUCUCCCUACAAAUGGUAUGCGGAGAAUCCUGAGCGCGGAGCACGUUUUGCCUCGGCAAUGGCUGGCCUUGUUCAAAGUAUAGAUACCACCGAACUGCGUGAUCGAUUCCCCUGGGGUAAGCUCGGCAACAAGAAAGUUGUCGACGUGGGCGGAGGAAGUGGACAUAUUUCCAUUUAUCUGGCAAAUGAAUUCCCCGAACUCAGCUUUGUCGUUCAAGAUGUCAAUACCGUUAUGCUCGAAGAGGGUCCCAAACGAGCGGACUUCCCUCGUGUUAAGGAUCGCGUCUUGUUUAUGCAGUACAGUUUCUACGAUCCACAGCCCAUCACCGACGCUGGGCUCUUCUUUUUGCGGCAGGUGAUCCAUAAUUAUCCCGAUGAUGUCUGCGUUAAGAUUUUCAAGUCCUUCAUCCCGGCUCUAGAAAAAUGUGAUCGAGGCACCAGUUUGCUCAUCAACGACAUGGUUCUACCCCCUCCAAAUACGGAGCCAAAAGUCGAGGAGCACCAUCUCCGACAAAUUGAUAUCCAUAUGUUGAAUGGAUAUGCAGCAAAGCAGCGGACGCUUAGAGAGUUCCAGCACUUGCUUAAGCAAGCCGAUCCGCGACUUGAGGUAAUCAAGGUGCAUGGCAAGGGCAUAAUGGGCUUGUUAGAAGUGAAGUUUCAGCAGUAA